AUGAGUGUAAGAUUUGAUGACACAAUACCCACUGAAAGGCCUGAUCGUAAGAAGAAAAAGCGUCGUAGAAGAACCUCAGAAGAUGACGACGGUGAAGCGGUAGGCUUAUUUUGGAAUUCGAUUUUUUAGGUUUGUAACGGUUUAGAAAUGUCAUAUUUCUUAGUUUUACAUUUGAUUUUUAAAAAAGGUUUAUUAAGUUUUGUCAUUUUGAAAAAAAUUUUUUAAAAUUUAACUUGGUGCCCCCUGUGGAUUUUUUUUCAAAAAAAUCAUUUUUUUUAUUUUUAAAAUUUGGCUUUUUGAAUCUUAUAGGUUUAGAAAUGUCAUACUUUUCCAUUUUUUCACAAAUCCUUACAUAUACACUCAAACAUAAAAACCUUAUUUCAGGUACUCCCCCGCUGGAAGAUCAUAGUAGUCUUCGCGGCCAUGGGUAUUUGCUUCGCCAUGAUCUUCCCCAACGUAUUCGGCCCUCUAUUCUCGGUAUUUUUCGGUAAAAAAGAGGAACAACCGGUCAAUGGUGGUCGACCGGCCGAUCAUCCAGCCAUGCAUCCGGGUAUGGACCGAGAACGAGGAGGCCGAGCUCCUCGACCACCCAUGCCCGGCGGAAGGAUGGGUGGGUUCGAGAAUCAACCACAACAAACCAGCUCACGUGGUGGUAUGUUCACAUGGCUGAUGCCGUUUUACACUGUUGGUGUUAUGGCUUUUUUGAUCUACAGUUUGUUCAAGGUAGGCUUUCUUUUGAAAUUUUUCUCGAUUUUACGCUUGUUUUGCCAUUUUAAAUCGAUCAUAACUAAAGUUAAAGUAUUAUACUUCAUCUAUGGUAAUAUAAACCCCUGAACACAGAAGAACCUAUCAUUUAAGUCCAAAAUCAAGGUUAAUAUGCCUAUUUUUAGAUGAGAAACAAGAAGAAAAAGAACAAAAAGAGCAAAAGAAGAUAUGAUAGUGAAGCUGAAAGUGAUAGUGAAAGCGACAAUGAUGACACUGGGCUUGGUAAGAUAAAUUCAUUUGAAAAUUUUAAGUUUAGAGGCCCUACCCUACCAUACCUAAAAGUUUGGAUAAAAACUCUAAAUUUCAAAAAUUUCAGGCCGCAAGAACCUCCGUUCCAUUCAAGAACGUUUGGAAGAGACUGAAAUGGCAAUGGCCAAGAUCCUCGAACAGCUAGAAGAAAUCGCCAAGAUUCAUCCAGAUGCUACGAGUACCGACGAUCUUCGCGACAAAUACACGGCGGAACAAGUUGCCGAGGUCGAGAGCAACUUGGCCGAGCUGAAUCGACUGUCAGUUUUGUGUAAGAAGCAACGAAGACAGCUGAGGAAGGAUGAGAGCGAGGAGAGUGAGAGUGAAGGCAGUGAAGAAGAGGGUUUUGAUGACGAGGAAGCUGAAUUGGAUGAGCUUUUGAGUAAAACGGUCAAGGAAGGUGAUAAAGAAAGAGCUAAAGGUGGUGAAUAUAAGGGUAAAGGCUCUGAUAAGAAGACAAAAGGUGGUGAUAAGAAAACAAAAAGCGGUGAUAAAGCUGGUUCAGAAGGAAUAAACAAAAGAACAAGUAGAAAAAAUGAAGAAAAGGAUGAAGAAGAUAUAGAAGAUGAGGAAGAACAACAAAAGGAAGAAGAAGAAUCCCAAAGAUAUCAAAGACAAGGUCACAAAGACUCUGAAUCUUCUGAAAAAGCUUCAGAAAAGCUACAUAAACAACAACAAAAGGCUAUAAAGUCAGUCGAACAUCUCAGUCCUCAGUCCCGACAGAUCAAGAAGGCAGCACGAAGGAAGCGAGCUCAUGAGAAGGACAAUGCCGGACCUGAAGAUGAGUAUAGUCAAGAUGAUGGAGAAGAUGUUGGUGAGGAUUUCUAUGGAGAGAAAAUCGAGGAUAGUCUAAAAGACGGUGAUAAGGGAGGAAAAGAAGAUGAAAAUAGAGUAAAAGAAGGCAAAAAUCAGCAAAAACAGCGCGAAAAAGAUCUAAAACAAAGUAAAACCAAAGCCAAAGAUUUCAAAAAUCAAGGUAAAACUUCGAAAGGUCAAGCUCAAGAAGCUGGUAGAUCAAUGUCAGAUGAAAAUGAAGCAGGAAAGUCAUUAUCAGACGAAAACGACUACAGUAAUGAAGAAGAAGAUGUUGAAGUCAGCUCAACUCUAGUAGAACCACCAAGCUCUAGGGCUAGCUCGUCAAACUUGAAAGGUCAAGAAGUUGAUAUUAAUCAACCGGUUGACACGGUGCUACUAGAAAGUCCAACAAGAAUCGACGAAGCUAAAGGCAAGAAAGGUAAUAAGAAGGACAAAUCAUAUGUAAAAGGUGAUUCUUUCAAGACUUCUGAAGCCGACAAGAAAGGCGAAAGAUCCAAAAGUUCAUCGUUAAAAUCUUCUGAAUCCCAGAAGUCCAAGGAUUCAGAGAAACCAGGAUCAAUCCGUUCCCAACGUUCGAAAGGUCAUGAGUUCAAGAUUGACGACAUUCAUCGUCCAUCCUUUGAUGAUUUCGUCGAUGAAUUCCGACCUCAAACGCCGGAAGAAGAGGAAGCUGCCAAGAUUGGUGAACAACUGUUUGAACCUCGAGAAGAUAUUGUUGACAUACCACAGGAAGAUGGGCUGGACAUUGAGUAUAAGCGGCGAUUGAUGGGGGAGAACGUUGAUGAACAGGGGAGGUAUGGUGAUGAACAAAAGCGAUAUGGUGAUGAAGAAGGAAGGUAUGAUGAUGAAAAUGAAAAACAAGGUAGAUAUGAUGAUGUAAAUGAAAAAGAAAUUGAAGAUGAAGAAAAGAAGAAAAAACCUCAAAAGGGUCAAAAGAAAAGCCAGAAAAGUAACAAAAAAGGGCAAAAAGAAGAACAAAGAGAAGUAAAAGAAACACAAGAAGAUGAGCCAGACCAAAAUGAACAAGAUCAACUAGGCCAAGAAGAAGACCAACCAGAUGAAGGCUACUCCGGUCAAAACUACAAUCCACUAAAAGAAGAUUCAAAAGUCAAAGACUUCCUAUUAGGCGAAAUAGACCGUGAGAUCAUCGAAGCUGUUGAAGGAGAUCAAUUCCCCUGCACUAGCCUUAAUCCAGAACCAGCUAGCGACCUUCCAGGUAACGACGAACAAGCUCCAGAACCUCCGAAAGAAUCCGAUUUGGACAUGGAGACGUUGCUACGUCAGGACGAACGUGAAUCCUCGUCCACGUCGAAGGAAUUCGCUCCGGAAAUCCGAGUCUUCGAGUCGGCGGAGGAGAUUUGUCGCGAAAUCGAGGAUGAUGGUCUGCCUAUCACAUCCAUGAAGAGUGAUAUUGAUCUAGAGAGCUUUAGUCAACCGACAGUAAACUUUUUUAAUCAACCGACCGAAAGUAUUGAAAAAUCGACCGAAAGUUCAAAUAAAUCGACCGAAAUUUCUAAUAAAUCGACCGGUAAAAAGGGAAAGGGAAAGAAGAACAAGAAAGGAUCUCAACACUCAUCUAAAGAGACUUCACCUGGUGCUAAAGACUCUGACGAUAGUGCUGGAGCUUCUGAACAUUUCAUACGUACCAAAAGGGAUUCAGGAGACGCUAAAGAUAACAAAGAAUCUUCUGAAAGCGCUACAGAACUAAAAGAAUUCUCAGAAGAAGGAAAAGAAUCAAAGAAAACAUCAAAAGAAGGCAAGAAAUCACAAAAGAACAAGUCAUCUUCAGGUAAAGGCUUGUCUUCUGAAGCUAAAUCAACAUCAAAGCCUUUGCAAUCUUCACAAGAAUCUUCUCCAGAAGCCCAAGCUUCAGAAUCACAGGCAACACUGUCAUCAUCCCCUAAGUCAGAAUCUAGCCCAAGAUCGGCCCAAAACCCAGAAUCCAGUAGAAAACAGAAGAAAUCCGAGACUCCGGAAGAGGUUUCAAGCCAAGAAUCCGCCCAAUUCGAAUGCUCAAACCCACUAUUCAACAUGGAACAGAGUGGAGUUCGUCAACGAAAAUCUGGUGGUAAUGGAAAGAAAUCAAAUGCCCGGAAGCGUGUGCCUAAAAUCGACUAA